AUGGCUGAUCCUGUCUCAAAGAAACGCAAAACCUCCUCCUCCACCAGCACCACCAACAGCAGCAACACCAAUAUACGACCCUACACCCUCACCAUCGCCCUCCCCAGCACCCUCCUCACCACCGCCCCCAACCCCCUCCUCAAAGCCCACCUCGCCGGCCACCUCGCGCGCAUCAAACAAGACCAACUCCCCCACAUCCUAACCUACCUCACCACCGCCCCCUACCUGCGAAAACACCUCUUCCCAAAACACCCACACCUCCGCCACGUCGGCCACCUCCCGCACCUCUCCCUCCCCACACACCCGCGCCCCGGACCACCAGCACCCGGCUCUGUCCGCAGCGCACUCGUCGUUGAGUCUCUCCCCGGGGGUAAACUGGCGCUCGAUGCCGGCCUCGAGCAGCAGGUCGUUGUGAAGAGCGCCGUGGGGGCGGGGUGGGCACGACGGUGCUCCUGCGCAUGGGCGCCGACGGUAAGGCAGCGAUAG